AUGUCGACCCGCCAACUGCGCGGACUUUUUCCUCAUGAAGUGAUUGUCGCUGCAUCGUCGUCGUCCGCGACGACUCAACGCGGUGGCCUGUACGUCCUUGACCCAUCAUCCUCGGCUUCUGCGCAUACGCCGCUCAUGCACUUCAAAGGCGUUGCACAUGCCGCACCUCAUGGCUUGUCUUGCACCGUAUCUUCGACGCAUGCAUGUCAUGAUGGAGGGACAAGUGGAUGCAUUGCCGUGAUCGAGUCUGAUAAGGCUGUGCUGUCUCUUUACAGCUGGCAACGAGACCAGCCUAUUACAAGAAUUGUCUUGCCGCAGAAGAUGUCAUGUGUGGCUUUGUCACCCCGUGCUAUCUACCUGGCAACAGGAACCGCAGAUGGCCGCUUAUAUGUGUGGCAUGUGCGCUCUGGGGCGUUGCUUUGCUCUUUCGAAGCUCACUACCGUGGCAUCACAGCCAUCCAAUGGACGUUGGAUUCAGCUGCUAUCAUCACGGCAAGCCAAGACACUCGCGCAUGUGUAUGGAGCUGGCCUAGCAUUAUGCAGUACACCGACCUCACACAUACGGGCGGCCCCGCGCCUGCCCCAUAUGCGACGCUCUCCGAUCAUACGCUCGACAUUUCGGAUAUGUACGUGACAGCUGGUGCCUUCCCUCAUGAGACUCGGCUUUGGACAGCAAGUCUCGACGGCUCUGUUAAAUCGUGGGACCUAGCCUCACGCCGUCUUGUGAGCACAUACGUGCUCGAUGAGCCCGUCCGCGUCUUGGCUGUAGACCCGUUGGAAAGGUUUUUCUUCGUCGCACUUCACGAACGUGUGUGUCGCAUUGACUUGUAUGCUAGCGAGAACAUGAGUGGUUCUGGAUCUAGCGCUGGGAGUGUACUGAGAUUUCGUGGUGGCCGUGGUGCCUCUGGCGUUAGUGAGCGUGUGAGUGAUGCGCCGCACAUCGAGCUGAAUACCCCUAUCUCUGCACUAGCUCUCUCGCUUCAAAGUUCACACAUUGUUAUUGGUACACACUUGGGUCAUGUGCAUGUUGUUGACGGCAUGACGCUACAGACUGUCCGCACUCUUGCUGCGCAUGCUUCCUCCAUGUCACAGUCAGCGGGUGUGAAGACGCCUGUGACAUCUUUAUUUGUUGUGCCUCGUCCUGUGGACUUGCCAAGUCUAUUAGAUUUACGUGCGCCAUCUGGAGCGAAGCGCUCACAGCACAGCAACGAUCGCGACGCUGCUUCAAGCGCAUACAUGGAUCCUUUACCCGUCCCCACGGUACCGACUCAGUUUGCCCGUACAUUGUCCUCGCCCUUGGACCAACCGCAUGUCUAUGUCCGUGUAGGUGAUGCGCACAGCUCGCAUGUACGCAAUGUACAUCGCCUUUUCACGUGGGCCAGGCAGAAUCAGGCGGCUCAGUCCGCUACGUCCUUGCCUCUAGACCCAAAGGCUCCUGAACGCGUAGCCCACGUCGCGGCUGACAGCAGUACAGAGACGCCUGCUUUGAUGCAAAGGAUUCGGACGCUCGAAGCUCAAGUCCACAGAGCCAAAGCGUUAAAUGAUCAAAUGUGGCAGCAUCUCGUGCAAGUCGAGGCGCAUUCAGCUACGUAA